CUUCACAGUAGUACAUAAGGAAAAGAAUUUCAACUUCCACGAAACUACUGAUAAAAGAACCGUGGAGGCGGAAACUGCGUGACGGCGGCGCGCUGCGGAGUUCAUACCUGCCGUGGAGGCGCAGACCGAAAAGGGUAUCCAAGAUUUCACCUUGAGCUGCAAUAAUGGGAGCUCUUGCUCCCUUAACUCAUUGGCUUCCUCAAGAUGAUCUUUUGCUUAAAAACGCCGUAGAGGUAACAAACACAUGAGACACAAAUUAGAAACACCCUCUUCUGUACUUUUUUUUCCUUCAAAGUUUCCGUUACUUGAUUCUUUACGGGGCCAGUUUUGUGCUUCACAUUUGCUUUCUUUUCUGGAAAUCCGUUAUGGAUUUUCAGUUUUUAGGGGUAUUUCUAGUUUAUAUUAUAGUAGAAAGAACAGAGGAGGUUCUUAUUUGGUAAUUCUUUUCGUGUUAGUUCGUUUCACUGUUUGUCUUUUUUUUUCUCUAUCUGUUUUAUUAACACUCUGUGAAAGAAUGUAUAGUUUUAUUUUUAUUUGUUGGUUGCAUGCAAUUCUUGAAUUCACGUUCUUUGUGCCCCUUUAAGCAUUCUCCAAAAUAAUGAAUAUUAACUGAACUUUUAUUCUCGUGUAAACUGUACUAUAGUUUUAAUGGUAUACUUGUACUUUAAUCUCAAUUUGUGUGAUUCUGGUAAAAGAGUGUGAGUUUAUUUAACCUAGGACGGGGACAAAAGCUGGAUUUUACUUCCUAAAAUUGUGAGACGAGGAUAUGGAACGGAUAGAUAUAAUACUGGAAAACAUGUAUCAGUUGUUUUGCAAUUCGAUAAAUUUUGGUUUUCUCAAUGUUGCUCAUAUUAAGCUUCCGCCUUUUAUUCUGGUUUAGGCCGGUGCUUCUCUGGAAGCCCUUGCGAAAGGUGCAGUGAAAUUUUCCCGUAGAUUUAGUCUUCAGGAAUUGCAAAAUCGCUGGCGUUCACUUCUCUAUGAUCCUGUCAUUGCAACUGAGGCGUCAGAUCGCAUGAUUGAGUCUGAGCCUUUAGGAUCCAAAGAGACAGACUGCACUUCAAGUAAGAGAAAAGCUGAAAGUAUUCGUGAAUGUUAUUAUAGAAUGAUGAAAAGAAUCCGUAGCGAACCUUUAUACUCCAUGGAUUUGAGUUUAUUGGAUCUACCGGGUUUUGAUAUUAUUGGAAGUGAGUGUAUUCCCACAAAUUGCUUGAUUGGAGAUCAAGUUUCAAAGUGUUGUGAAACUCAAGACCAAAGUUCUGGAGCCGAAAAAGGUUCUCAUAUUGAUUUUGGAACCAAUGGUGCCACUUCUCCGAUAAAUGAUUUAUCUGCUUCAGCAUUAAGUACUGAUAAAGAGAAUAUGUCCCUUGGCCAAAGCAAUCAUGUUCAAGAAGUUCGUCUUCCUGAAAAGAAUGUUUCUCUCACCGAAGAUCAUCUUUCCAACGGUGAAUUAAGCCCCUCUGAAGAAUUGCUGGAUUUGAACUUGCUCGAAUCCGUGAGUUUAGAGGUGCAGCAACAGGGUUUGUUCAGUCAAACCAAUGAUAGUGAAGCAAUUGUGUUCUCAGGGUAUGGGUGUCAGGUGAUUAACUCGUCAAUUCCAGGUAGUCCAACCUCUUUAGAAAAUGUUGGUUAUGGUUCUCCUGUUCUUCAGAUGCCCCUUUUGGAUACUGCCAAUGGUAUUGCAGAUUCUCCUGUUCUUCAGAUGCCACUUUUGGAUACUGCCAAUGGUAUUGAUGCUUCCACUGCCGAUGAUGCCUGCCUCGUAAAUAAUGUUCCACAUGCUGACACCGAUCUUCAAAUUGUGGAUGGCGUUGAUAUUGGUAACAAUGGUGGCGUCAAUUUAAUAUCUGGUUAUAUGGUGGAAUUGCCUCUUAAUGCUGAAGAUCAUUCUCCAGCAGAAGUGACGUGUGGUAACUUGGAAAAGUUGGCGCCCAGUGCGAAAGAGUAUUUUGAACAAUUAUCAAACUCUUUGUUAACCUUCACUCCUGAAGAUGAAAUAUUUUUGUUGGAUGCUGACGGAAAGGAAAUAAUAGAUAAUCUAAGCUCACUUUUGCUGGACUUCCCUAGUGAAGACUUGCAAGUUCUGGAUGUAUCAGAGGCCUCAGUUGCUUCGCAGGAAUGCUUUGAUAUUUCUAUUGAUGCACCCCCUGAAGAAUCAUACACUGAGGAGCAAUAUCAUUGUGACCAGCGACAAGUUUGGAGUGCUGAUGUUCAAAAGCUAUCAUCUGCUUUGACGGUGAAUCCUUUGUUUCCUGAAUGGCGUAAUGGAGUAAUUUGCUGCAUGCUGAACACAGAGGACACUGAGAUUCCUAACAAUGACGAUGUUUUCCUUCCCAUUAAUUUGACUAGCACAUCAAUUUCCUGGAUGGAAAAUGCUAAAUGUAAUGAAGCAUUCUAUUCAGUAUCGUUCUCUGUCGAGGAGUUUGAACACAAUUGUAAACCUGUAGACAGAUUUAUGGUGAGAGGAGAAAGAACCACCAGCAAAGAGUUAAGUGGUCCUCGUCCAGUGAAAGGACAAUUACAAGGUCCAAUCUGUCAGCAUAAUGACAAUCAAUUGCUAGGUCCCAUCUGUCAGCAGAAUGACAAUGGACAACGAUUUGAAUUGCCUGGUACUGAUGUUCAGCAGGUGUUCACAAAAGAUUAUUCAGAUCUGUCUAUUAUUACCCAAGUGAGCAAGACAGAUAUAACACCUGGAUCUCUUAGUGAGAGUUUGAUGCAAGUUGAGCAAGCAAAGGAGCUGAAUGAUAUAUCUGGUGGUUCGCAAAAGCAUAGCUAUUAUCUCGAUACCUGCUUGACAUUUCAGGAGGAAGCUGCUGUCUGCAAUCCAGAAGAAGACCAUGCAUUAGAUCAAAAUAAUGAUGUUACCAUUGCAAAAUUGGACUCCACUACAAAGACAGUUCCAGAGCAAUCUAUCGAUUGUACAUUGUCGGAUCAGGAAGUGUUCUCCAAUGAGAGUGAGAGUGAGCUGCCAUGUUUUUCGGAUGUUGAAGCAAUGAUCAAUGACAUGGACUUAUCCCCUGAUGAGUUUCCCGUUGUACGCCCAGAAGUUGCAGAAAGAUACCAGGAAGAAGGUGAACGGAAAACAAUCUUGAGGCUAGAGCAGGCUGCUGAAGCUUGUGUGCAGAGAUCUCUUGCAGCUCGGGGUGCAUUUGCUGUCCUGUACAGUCGCCGCUCAGAGUACCCCGUAAAGAAGCCAGAGGUGUUGCUUGGGAGAGGAACUGAGGAUGUCAAAGUUGAUAUUGACUUGGGAAGGGAAUUUCAUGCUAAUAAGAUUUCCCGAAGGCAGGCGACUUUAAAGCUGGAGGCUGAUGGAACUUUUCAUUUAAGGAACCAUGGGAAGGCUCCAAUUUUCGUUAAUGGUGAAGUGAUAAUGCCUGAAAAUACCUUUCUUCUUAAAUCAGGUUGUUUAAUUGAGAUUAGGGGAUUAGCGUUUCUCUUCGAGGUGAAUAAGAAGUUGUGCGAAUUAGUAAAUUGUCUAAACUGAUGAGUAGAAAGCCAGACUAACAUUACUGCAGUAGUAACAAGUAAAUGGGAGGUAAAUAACCUUCCUUCCUUUUGCUUCACCUUUUACUACACAAAGUGGGAUCUAUGGAAGAGCAGACUCUAUACCUGCAAAUUGAAGCAGCAAUCUAAUCAGCAAUCAUUUGUAACUUUUUGCAGGCCGCCAGGCAUGGAUAUAGUAUUUUGUUAGGUUCAGUUUUAGUUGAUUGGAGUUGGAGCAGAUAGUGUAUAAGGAUUUGGACCCUCUAGACCCACCAUUGGUGGGCUAGGUCCACAAUUUUGGUUUGCGUUUCAUAUGGUAGUAUUAGCAUAGAAUUUGCCUAACCGGUUCGGGCUUAGCUUAGAAAUGGAGUUGUUCAUAUCUUCUCCUUAUUGGUCAUUCUUUCCAUUCUUUAGUAGGCUGUCAAGGAUUUAAAGUUGUCUCAUACGGCAUUCGAACACCUAAUCUGUGAUUAAAGAGAGAUCAUUCAAGCAUAAUCCGUUUGUUUGUUUUGAUUAAUGAGGUUACAACUCACAGUUAGAGUAUUUGUCCAUAAUGGGUUUUGGAUGUCCAAGUAUGAAUGAAGCAAUUAUUUUAAUGCAUUGUGAAGCAGGGAAGAUGGGGGAAAUUUUUUAAUUACAUGGGAG